AAGCACAAUAGACACAUUUAUUGAAGCUCCACCUGAAGCAGUAUCACAGGAUCUUGAUUAUGAACAAGAGCGAGAGAUUCUUUUUGAGCAAAUGAAUUUUCCAGAACCUACUGUGUCUCCUGAGAGCUCUAUGGUGAACGAAGAAAGUGACUCUUUUUCUGACCAGUUUACGGGUACUGAAGAACCUCUUUCUCCAACCACAGGAUCUACAUAUGAGGAUGAUGUACAGUUAACAACUGAAGAAGAAAUUAUCGAUGAUUUAAACCCUGUUAGUGAAGAUUAUGUUGAAUCAGUGUAUGAAAUGGCUGACAUCACAAAUGAUGCAGAUUUUGAAAUAAGGGAACAACUGGAUGAAGUGAAUCAGAUUUUGGAGAAAUCCCCUGAAAAAGCUUUGAAAAAGUGUGAAGAACUUUUGAAAAAGUACUCUAAAAGUCCAAGACUGCAUUAUAUGAGAGCUCAGUGUCUGGAUUGCUUGGCAGAAUCCCAGCGUAGUAAUAAGUAUCUGGAAGAUGCUAUAGCUGUUUAUCAAAAAGUAAUAGCUAUCAAAGAUGUGCCAGAGAAAUUGUAUUUAUUAGCUGGAAGAAGAGCUGCUGACAGAAUGCGUUUUAGAGGUUUCAUGGGAAAAUCAUUAAAGCUGCUGUCAGAUAUGGUAACAAAGUUUCCACAGAAUAUAGAUUUAAAAAAUGAAAUGGCUGUUGGCUAUCUGUUGAUUGGACAAAAUAAAGAAGCUAAAAAUGUUUUGAUUGAUGUCCUGAAGCUAGCUCCAAAUUCUGGAUUUGCAAAGGUUCAUCUUGGUUUUAUUUUAAAGACAGAUGAAUCCAAAUAUGAAGAAGCAGCAAAACUAAUGAGUGAAGGAAUAGCAUCUAGAGAACCUGGAGUAAUUGAUGGCAGAUUUUAUUUCCAUCUUGGAGAUGCCCUUCAUAGGAUUGGGAAUCAAACUGAGGCUUUGAAGGUAUAUGAAGAUGCUGUUAAAGAAGGUUUAUUUUUGUCUGCAUAUCAAAGAUCACUCUAUAAUGUGAAUUCCUUAACUGGAAAGCCUUGGUGGGAUCCAAAAAAUUCUCCAUAUACACCCUACUUCAAGCGUUUAGAGAAAGACUGGAAGUUGAUAAGAGAUGAAGCUUUAUCACUUAUUGACAAGACAAACUCUGGUUUCUUGCCAGAAUCAGAAGGACUUCAAGAAAAAGGAGAUUGGAAGCAGUUUGAAAUUUUUGCUAGAGGAAGAAAGAUUGAGAAAAAUUGUCUGAAAGUACCUAAAACUUGUGCCUUAAUUGCAGAAAUCCCUGAUGCAGCUGGUUGUAAACGAGGCCAGGUGAAAUUUUCUAUAAUGCAUCCCUCAACUCAUGUAUGGGCACAUACAGGACCCACAAAUUGUAGGCUGAGAGCUCAUUUAGGCUUAGUUGUUCCUGAAGGAGCUAGCAUUAGAGUGGCAAAUGAAACUAGGAAAUGGGAAGAAGGCAAAAUUCUUCUGUUUGAUGAUUCAUUUGAGCAUGAAGUCUGGCAUAAUGGUAGCACAUUUCGCUUAAUUUUGAUAGUGGAUUUUUGGCAUCCAGAAUUAACUGCUUAUCAAAAGAGAACUCUUACACCUAUAUAAUAAUUCAGAUGGUUAAUUCCAAUCAUAUAAAAGUUUUAAUCAGCACUGGUACAUCAUUAAAAAUAUUAUUUUAGGAUAUUUAGUCUUUUAUUUUUAGUAUUUUAUGAGUUUUUUAUAUCCAUUUUUAAAUGAUUAAGUUUGUUUUAUAACUACAGACACUAUUAAAAAUCAGUGUUGUGCCAUGAAGACAUGUUGUCAUUUGGACAUUUUUUUGUUGCUUUCUAAUGUGGAUUUUUAAUCUGUAUAAAGGUUUUUCUAAUUGAAUUUUUGUAUAAAAUAAAAUUAAAUGGAACUUUUUAUCAGAAUGUUAAUCAUUAAUUUAAUUAAUUUGAUCUUGGGGGGAAAAGUAAAAAACAAAAUUUCUUAAAUUUAUUUUUUAACUUAGCUAUGAUUUGUAUAAAAACUUAUUGAGUGAAAUGUUUUAAGGAAACAUUAUAUAGGUUUAUAUUAUCUGUUAAGAAUAAAUAUCAACUUUAAUUUGAAUUGUCUUCAUUGAAUCUAGUCAAAAAGUGAAAUAAGUUUUUAUAUCUCUAGACUGCAGCUUUUUUUUAACUGGUUAUAUGAUUAUUGCAAGAGGGGGAGGGGAAAGAUAGCUUUAUUAAAAAUGCAUGUGAUAUAUGUUAUUCUUUUCCCCCUUUGAACUUAAUUUGACAUGUUUUCUUCAGUGUUAUUAAAAUAUGAAGUUGGGGGAUUGAUAAGUUAAUUUUUAUAUCAAAACUUUGUACUGGAAUUUGUAAUAUGAAUAUGGAAGAUCUUACUAGUAAUAGAAAAUUUAAGAAAUCUUAUAAAUUUUAAGAAGUCUGAAAAUUUUGCUGGGGAAUGUUUUAGAAUUUUAAAUUAAGGUGACUAUAUCAGUGAAAAUACAAAGUAAUGAAUUAUUUUAACAAAGUGCCUAAACUGGUCUUUCCAUGUUUUCAAAAUUAUUUUUUAGUGUUCUGUGUGCCAAUUUAGUGAGAUUCAUAGCUCUACUAGCUUUAUGUCUGCUUUAUUUUAUCUAGUGAACAAAACAAAAUGUGAUAUUUGCAGAUUAUGUACUUAUAUUUUUUUAUCCACAAUAAAUAGAUUUGUAAUAAUUAACAAAUUUCAGUUUUCAUAUUGAAAACAACAGUUACAGUUUGUUUUUUGGUCAAUUUGCUGUACAUUUAUAAUCUAAAUGUAUAAUUUUCAGAAAUUUCUGUUCUACAAAAAUAUCACAAUGAAAUUGCUGAUUGGUUUAUUUGAAGAUUAGAGUGUUUUUCCUCAUUUUUUUAAUGUUUGGAAUAAACUUAAUGUCUAUGUGUCCAUUUGUUAUUUUACAUAAAGUUAUAUGUGAGGAUACCUAUUGUACAUGUUAAGGAUUGUUUGAGAUGUAUGCUCAUUUUCCCCCUUGUGUAUUUUUUUUUUUUUUUUAAAUUUAAGUUUGCAAAAUUUACUGAUUGUUCUUCAGCUACAAUUAAAGAGUAUUUUUUGUAAUA